AUGCGAAAAGCAGCUCGUCGAGUGCCUCCCGAGCUGCGACAGCGCACGGCACGAAGCUGCGAUCGUUGUAAGGCAAGAAAACACAAGUGCCUGCAAAUCCCCGGGCAAGCUCGCUGUCAGCACUGCGAACAUUUUAAUUAUACCUGCAAGACCACCAAGCCUAGAAAGAAAAGACUCUAUGGCAGCGCAGACAAUGUGCGCGCUCGAAUUGCCUAUCUGGAGGGCAUAGUAAAACAAUACGUCAAUGCUGAAGGAGACCUUUCCUCUCUCGAAGUACUGCAGGAGCUUGGAGCGUCGUUGAACAUUACUGUUGGCAACAUCCAAGAUUCCCAAGAGCUGCAGGACUCGCAAGAGCCGCAGGAGAACGCCAGGGCGACAUCCACUGAGCAGAACGAGGAGCUUGUUCAAGACCAGCAAGGCCAAGAUCAGUAUAUCGGCCCUGCAAGCUCCUAUUUCUUCCAAAUGAAGCUCAGGAGCCUCCUGGGGCGUCAACGCCAGCACCCAAGGUGUCAGAUGUAUCUCUUCGGUCCCAAUCCUACCGAGGAGACUCUGAAACCAUUCGCUAGUGAUGUCCUCACAGAUUUCGAUGUCCGAGCGAUUGCGAUACCUUCGCAACUUGGUGUGGAUGCCGCUUGUCUACCGUACUCGGCUCCUUUGCUUGAUCAUUUCGUCAUCGAGGGACUGAUCCGAGCUUAUUUCGACUAUGUCAACGUCGACUUCCCUGUUCUCCAUGAGGCCUCGUUCUUGGAGACCUUCAAUAGAUGGCGAGUUUCACCAAGUUCUGUCGACCGACCGUGGGUCUGUGGUCUGUUAUGCGUAUUGCUCCUGAGCCGACGCAUUAUGCCGCUGGGGACGACUGAGACUCAGCAGCAAAAAUGGUGGACUUAUGUCGAGUCACUCUUGCCGAGCAUGAUCUUCACGAACAAUAUCCAUUCAAUUCAGGCACUGAUGCUGGCUGCCUUGCAUCUUCACAACACAAAUCAUCGUGACGCAUGCUGGACUCUGACUGGAGUAGCAGCCCGGAUCGCAGUUGCCAUUGGACUUCAUCGCGAUGAAGUAGUGUGUGAAGGCCCGCAACUGAAUAGAGAGCUUAGGAGGUCACUUUGGUGGACUCUCUAUAGCUUCGAGCAGAUUCAGGUCUCCUCUCAUGAUCGGCCCAGUGCCAUAGAAAGUACAUUAGGCUCCACUUCGCCGAAUGAGAGAGUACUCAACAUCAAUACCUCCAAUUGGCCUGCAGAUUAUGCGCCCUGGUCGACAAAGCUUGUGUCCAUCCUAGGCCUCGUAUGCCGCGCACUGCCAAAUCUCACUAGCGAGAGCGGCUUUUCCUCCGUCGCUGAAUUGCUUGGGGAAUUGACUCUGUGGCAUACAUCGCUACCACAGCAUCUGACCCUCCAGGAAUUCGACAUGUUGCCCGAUGGACACAAGAGACCGGUUCUCUUGCUGCAUAUCCAAUAUCACUAUACGGUCUCUUUGCUCACUCGCCACUCAUUGUUGCGACACCUUGCUUCCACGAUUCAAGGGCAGACCAGUGACAUGAAUGAAAAAGAACUCGAGACAAUCGCUAGGGUGUGUUGCGACUCCGGUCGGAAAAGUUGCGAAUUGUUGUUGCAUCUUGAUAUGAUCGGAAAGUUCAAUGCUGUGACCUGGUGGGACAUCUAUUACGUGUAUUCCUCGGCAUUAGUUAUGACGCUGAGUAUCUUGUCUGAUUGUACGCGACAGCAGAGUGGGGGGUAUAGCAAUCAUGAAUCGCUCUCCCUUCUCCACAACUGUGCGCUCAUUCUCAACCGUCACUCGGGUAACCCGAUGGUGCCCGAUACCAUGCGUCGCUGGAUUGGAGCUAUCUAUGACAUCGACAUGUUGGUUCAUGAAAGAGUAAGCCCGACGCAACAAGGACCUUUCAAUCAACAGGCACCUUUCAAUCAACAGGUACCUUGUAUCGCUAAUACUCUCGUUGAGCUUGGUUCUCAAAGAGAUAUGUAUGGCUCCUUUGCCAGGAAUGAGGAGUUCUACCCCAACACAGAGCACAACGCCUUGCAGAUGAACCCAGAAAUGGGUAUGGUCAUGAACGGCAACAAUGUUCCUGGGAUGCCCAUGCCGGUUUGGGGUGGUGAAAAUGAAUAUUUCUCUUGGGACUCAAUCGGGUGCAUGUUGCUUGGAGUGGAGGCACUCGACAGCUCGUUCGGGCUGUGA